UAUCAGCUGCGUUUACGAAAGGCGUGGGAUGUUCUUUCGAUUCUUCGACUCCAUUGCGUGCGUGCAUCGGCAGGGGCUUUCGGUAUAUACAAAGAAUAUUGCAUAUACAAGCAUCAUGCAGCUGCAAAUUCGUGGACAGGAAACAACUGUUGUUGAAUGUGAAGAUAAUGAACAAAUCAAGCAUAUAAAGGAAAGAAUUGCGUGUCUGCAAAACAUUGAAAAUGAAUUUAAUCUUCAUUGCAACGGAAGUUUAUUGACAGAUGAAAUUUGUGUAAAUGAACUUCCAUCAGACGUACUUGAGUUGACUGUACCUUUACGGGGAGGAAAGGUCCACGGUUCUUUGGCGCGCGCUGGCAAAGUGAAAGCUCAGACACCAAAGGUUGAAAAGCAAGAGAAGAGCAAAAAGAAGACUGGCCGUGCUAAACGUCGCAUUCAGUACAAUCGCAGGUUUGUCAACGUCGUGCAAACCUUCGGCCGCCGACGUGGACCCAAUGCAAACACAAAUUCAUAAGAAAAAAGGAAUGUAAUUACUAUGCUAUUUGUUACAAUAAAUUCGGAUAAAAUGCCAUAAUUAAAACAUA